CCGAGAGGCAUCCAAGACGCCCCUGACCCGCGACCCAGGCACAGGCCCUGAUCCGUAGUCAUUCGGCCCAAGCUCUGGUCCAGGCCCCGGUUCAAGUCAUGUGAGGCUCCAGCGACCGCGUCCCGAACAUGUCCACGUUCUGGGGCCCAGCACGGGGACAUGCUCGCUGGCUUUAUCCGCCUGCUGGGUUUUCGCUGUGUGUCUUGGCAAGUGUGCCGCUGUGCGAACGAGCCGGCACCCUGAUCGGGAGUGCGCGUGGUGUGGCGGCACUUGGGCCACGUCCUGAGCCGUCGCCGCGAGCGCCAUCCCCUGAGUCGCGACUGGAGCCGCCUGCACUGCCGCUUCCGCCAAGACCUGGGCCUCAGGCACCGCCGCCGACGACGGCGACGCCUUCAGCACCGACGACGCUGGCGGUGCCACCUCCAGCACCGAGGCCGGGACCUCCCCUCGGAGCGCCCGCACCGGCGUGCAGGCACGAGCCGGGCCGCACGCCCAGGCCCCCGCGGGUGGUCUCGCCCGGAGGGUCGGGGAGCAGCUUUUUCAUCGACUACCUCUGGCACGAGGGCGGUCUCGAUAUGCGCUUCGAGAACAAGCCUGGGGUCAAGCACGGACUCGGGGACGGCAGCGUCUUGAAUAAAACGAUCUACGUGUACCGCGAGCCAUCUGCGGCUGUCCACAGCUUAUACAGGCGCAACCUCCAGAGGAUGUGCAAUUGUUGGUCGAAACGAGCAACCCUGCCAGGAUCGAUCGUGCAGCGGCUUCUCUUGGCAGCAGUUUAUUGAGUUUGCAGGCAAGAUGAAGAGGGAGCCGUGCAAAGGGAGGCACUUCCAGAGCUGGGCAGAGCUCCCCAACGUCAUGUUUAUCUCACUGGAAACCUUGCCUAGGGACGCCCGCCGAGUUGCUUGCUUCAUUGGUGCCCGUCCAGACCUUUUCGAUGGUAUGAUUGCUGGUCUGAAGCCUGGUCAUUCAAACGCUAGCCAGCUCUCCAACAAUUCUGAUUCUGAUUUUGUUCGCGCUUACUCGCGUCAUUUUGCAGACAUCUUGGAAGUGGCCGCCAGGGGGCCGAACUUGUCGAUGCCAGAGGAGUACGGAGGGGCCGCCGAAGACGAGCGCAUACGAAGAUGCUGUUUCCCGCGGAGCCCUGGCGGCACGUUGGAGGCCCCAUCCUGGGAGUGAUGGAGUGGGGGCGCAUUGUCUCGGCGGCGAACGCAAGCUAGCGGGGCGAGAGGGGCGGCCUGCUCAGAAGCUGGGGGGGGGCUUUCCAAAACACCAAACAACAAGACAUAGGUUGCGUAUGUCC